AUGACGAACAUAACAAUCACUCAAUCGAUCUCCGACUGGUGGGGAACUCUGUCCACUUUAAUGAAACCAACUGUGGAUUCAAAGUCUUAUCAUGAAGCUAGGUAUAAGAAUCUAAUGAUUGAGUAUGAAUUGUAUAAAGCUAUAUUGAGUGAAGAUAUACAAAUCAAUAAACCUUUUGAAUCUGUUUAUUCUACAGGUUUAAUAGGUUCUUUCGUUGAUAGUGAAUUAGACAAUGGUGAUGUUAUUCAUGAGUUCUUAUUAGAGAACAUUCCCAAAGACGAAAACAAAGAUCCUCAAGAUAUCCAACAUAUUGUGAUAAUUCAUGGUUAUAUGGCAGCAUCAGGUUAUUUCGUUAAGACCUUUGAAACAUUAAUUAAAUCCAAGAAAUGGUUGAAGAUUCAUGUAAUAGACUUACCUGGAUUUGGUAAUAGUUCUAGGCCAAAGUUCCCUAAGGAAUUGUUGAAAGAUUAUACUGAUAAAUUCGACAAGAUAAAUCAAGUUUUGAAUAUUGAAAACUGGUUCAUCGAUAGAAUUGAAUUAUGGAGGAUUAAAAAUUCUUUGACUCAUUUUAAACUAAUUAGUCAUUCCAUGGGUGGUUAUUUGUCGUGUUGUUACCUCAUGAAGUAUAACAUGAAUCAAGUGAAAGAUUUGAUCAUAGUUAGUCCAAUGGGUACGGAAUCCUCAAGUAUGAGUCUCAUCCAUGAUAAAAACUUACAGGUUAAUCAUCAUGAAUUAGGAAGUGAUCCUUUAAGAGAGUUGAUUACUGCUCAACCAUUAAAUGAAGAAAUAAAUCCUGAGUUGGAGAAAUUGUGGGAGAAGUUAGGAAGACCAAAGUUCCCCAAAAAUAUUGUUUUGAAAAAACUUUGGGAAUGGAAAAUAAGCCCUUUCCAGUUAUUACAAUUAUUUGGUCCUUUGUUUUCCAAAUUCUUGAGUUUCUGGUCUUUUCAAAGGUUCAAAAAUUUGACUUCUAAUGAAGAUGACCAAGGUGAUAAUCAUGACUUAAUUUUGAAACUCCACUACUAUUCAUAUUCAAUUUUCAACCAAUUCCAAGGUUCAGGUGAAUUGGCUAUAACAAAAUUGAUCAAUCAUGAGAUUUUACCAAGAUUACCAUUAGGAGAGAGAAAGUUAUCACAAUUCUUCACCGAUAACCAAAUAAGAACGUUAUGGUUAUAUGGUGAUAAAGAUUGGAUGAAUGAUAAAGGAGGUAUGGCUAUAAGCGAAGAAAUUAAUCAAUUAGGGGGUGAGUCGACAUUUGAAAUGGUUCCCGACGCCGGUCAUCAUAUAUAUUUAGAUAAUCCAGAAGAAUUCAAUAAAUUGGUUAUUGACUUCUUCCAUUUAGAUAAUGAAUAG